GCAAACCAUUUCUUGAGCUUCAAGUUUACGUCUAGUUGAGAAGUUCAAGUCUUCAAAUUAUCAAGGUAGACAUAAAAUGAGCAGUGGAGAUUGGAUGUGUGCUGCAUGCCAACACAUAAAUUUCAAGAAACGGGAUGCAUGCCAACGAUGCAGCUGUCCUAAAUAUGCAACGCCGGCUGAUGUUGCCAUGUAUGGACUAAACAAAGCAGAAGUCUUAGCUGGAGACUGGUAUUGCAGUGCGAUGAACUGUGGUUCUCACAACUAUGCGAGUCGAACAAACUGCUAUAGAUGUGGUGCCUUAAGAAGUGAUUAUUACGCUGUUGGGGCAGGAGUGAUGGCAUCAGCAGGUUAUGGAUAUGAUGCAAGUGCUAUUCCUGGUUGGAAGAGUGGUGAUUGGAUUUGCAGCAGAAUUGGAUGUGGUAUGCACAACUAUGCAAGCAGAGAAGAAUGUUAUAAAUGCAAGACACCUAGGGAUUUUUGAGGUGAUCUGAGAGAAAGUGGAUUAUAUUGAGGGAUGCGGCGACAUUAAGUUAUUACUGAAGAUUUACCAGAAAUCAUAACCUUCAAUGACCUUUCUUCUUUUCCUUUUAGUUUUUCUUUUCUUGUUUAGUAGUUUCCUUGUAGUUGCUCAAAGAAGGGUUUGUAAGUCUAACUGCAUUGUAACUUUACAAAGUGUUCAAUGAAUGAAAUCCCUUCAGAUUUCGCAUU